GAAUUCCAAGACUGCAACAGGUUGCAUGGGGUGGAAACCUGUCAGGUGUGCGGCUUGAUAGCAGCCUCUGCCACGAAGAGCCUGGCAGUUCCGCGGGGACUGGAGAGCAGCUCAAGGGAAGGAGCGCAGUGGAACGGAGCCGAUCCAGGGCAUUCCCAGAAUGGCACCUUGGUGGAAGGGAAAGGCAAUAUAGCAUUGGAGACCUCGACCAAGAGCAAAAUCAGAGGAACCCCUUGGGAAGGCAACCACAAGCAGCCUCAGCCUCAAAGUGGGGCUGACACUGAUAGAGACCUGCCUUGUCUUAAUCCCAGCAUGGAGAAAGUUGCCCGCUCCCAUCAAAACAAGCCGGGAGGCCCUGCCUCAAGCCCUUUGCUGCGGAGGAAGAAAAACCCUCCUGACGCGGUCAAGAAGACACCCUUUGGCAAAGUGUCGGCAGCCUCUCAGAAGGUCGAAAGAGGAGACACCAGAGCCAGCAGCCCCUCUAAAGUGUCUAAGCUGCUUGAGGCCUGGGAGAAAGGACUCGUGGGGACGGACGCCAGUGGCCCAGCUCCUUCCGCUGAAACCAGGCCCUCCCGUUCCCCCGUACCUACCAGGCGCUUAAUUUCAACCCCAGAAGGUGCCCAUGUUUUUCAUCCCACCGCUUAUAGGAAUUCCUUACCCUCCAACGUGACCUCUGUGAAUGCCAAGCGAUGCCUUUCUCCAGCAAAUGCCAAGCAGUCUUUUUCUCCAGUGGGGAGAAGGAAAUCCACUUUCUCGGAGGAGACCAAGCGUUCGUGUUCUCCUGAUCCUCGGCGUCCUUCUGGGACAACAGCAGAAAACCGCAGGUCCCAGUCUCCGGCAGAGAAGAGGCAGCCUCCUCCACCACCAGCAAAGCCACAGCUCCCUCCCCCACUCAAGGCCAAGCCAACACAUGUGCCCCCCUUGCCGACAGGUGGCAUCCAUUCACGUUCCCCGGUAGGGAGGAAAGAUGCCCCUUCCAGAACAGAGAAUCACUCCUUCUCAUCCCUGGAUGAUACCCAGCACUCAUCCUGCUUGGCAGGAAACAGGUCCUCCUAUUCAGUGACUGAUAUGAGGCGUUUGUAUUCCGGAGAAAGCACCACAGCUUCUUCAACAGUGGACACCAGGCGGCCAUUCACCUUAGCGGAAAGCAGGAGCAAGUCUCCCUCCUCCAAUGCCAGGAGCUCACCUUCCCGAGCGGUCCCAAAGAGUUCCUCACCCUCCUUGGAUGUCAGGUAUCCAUCCCCUCCUCCAGACAAUAGAUGGUUUUCCUCCUCCGCAGAUGCCAGGUGCCCUUCCCCGGCAGAGAUCAACAGCUUGCCACCUCCACCAGAUACCCUACUCUUCUCCUGCCCGGCAAACAACUGGCGCUCUUCAUCCCCAGCAGAGGCUGGGGUCUGCCCUUCCUUGGUGGACUCCAGAAGCUUCUCUCCCACAGCAAUGGAGGGGCAUUCCUGCUCUCCCAACCCACAGAGAAAUUUUACUGCUCAUGGACCUGUUUUUUCUCAAGUUUAUUCCCGACUUCCCAAGCCGAAGUGCCCGGGGAAGAAAGAGAUGCAAGAUGGCGUCAGUAGCAGAGUGACUGAAUCACCUGGAGCCACACACUCUCCGGCUGAUGUGCACAGUCCUGGGGACACCGGAUUCCAGAAAGAGAAUCAGGCCACAGACGUAAAUGGACUGCGAGAAGAGAAUUUGGGCCUUUCUCAUGACAGCUCAAGUGGAACCGUCUCCCAGAAAGAAGGCCAUGUGCUCAAUGGGGAUGUCUCCAAGUUGGACACUGGAUCCCUGAAGGAAAACAAUGUCGCUGAUGCUUUGGCACGUCUAUCCUUACGGGAAAGUUCUCCCAACACCCUCAAUUCUAUUUCAUUCUCCGGGUCUCCGGGGAGAAAUUACACGCCCUCUGCCCCGAGCUCUGCAGUUCCUGAGGAGCGUUUUGUGUUCAAGCCAGUCCAGAACACCGUCUGUUCCAGCACUGUAGCCAAAUCCCAUGCCCAGUGGAAUGGCCCCAAGGGGAACAACACGAUUGUUUUUAGAGCCCAACAGCAAGUGAUUGUGCCUCAGCCCGGAUGCUCCACCAUUUACCAAGUUGGGCGAGAGUUGGUUAUGUCUGGAUCAGGAAACACCAGCCAGAGCCAGCGAGAGAAACCCUUUGCUCCCAGCUCCAGCACUGCGUUGGAAGAAUCCUGGCCACCCCAGCCUGAUCUCCCCCAUGCCAAGUCUCCGCAAAGAGCCUGCUCCUCCUUCCCCAAAUCUCACAUCUUCUCCGCACCAGAGUCACAGCCUGAGAAUGGCAUGACUCACUCUCAAAAUGCCAAUGUGAGGGAUGCCCAGAGGCCAAGGUGUGUGCCUGCGCCGAGCCCCAACUGCACAUCAAACAGAGAGGCAGCUAUCGCUAGGGAGGGAGUAGUUCCAUUCAGCGCAGCCCAGAGAGACGGCAGCCUGCCCAGCAAUUCUGCCUCCCAGAAGCCCAGCAACCUGUUCACAGGGAGCAGGUCUGAACAGGAGCGAGGCAUGCCCACUGCAGGAGGCCUAAUAACCAACGGGCCAGAUCAAGAGAGCAGCUGGCUAGGCGUGGGAAAAGCCAGCUUAUCUGCCAAGAGGAGAAAUGAGUGCCCCUUGGACACUGCAGAGGAAAUCAGAAUCUCUACUGCAUCUCAGCCAAGUUCUCCAGGGGAUCAUAAAGCCCGAACGCAGGAUGACGAACUGAAGAAAGAAAAGCAGAUUUCGGGCAAAGGCCCUCUGAUAUUUGCCCUGGAACAAGAGACUUCCCCUGCUGGGAGCCUAAGCUCCUUUUCAUGGCCCGAACCCCCAAGUGACUUAAUGAGAAGUUUCAGCCAGACAGGAGAACAGGAGCCCGAGGAAGCUGUGGAGGAAAUGGAGCAUUUUGUGGACACCCUGCGCAACAUGGACCCUGCUGAGCUUCGGAAGCCUUCAAAGGCCCUCUCCAGGACGCCACGCCCUUCCUCUCUUGCCAAGCACACCGUCCUCCCGCCUAUUGAUGAGAACCACAUCGCUCCCAAGUCAAAGGCUUCUUUCCCAAUAGCAUUAGACCAGCUGUUUUCUCUCAGUGAGGAAAACCUGGAGGAAGGAACAGGAACCAAGGGGGAGGAGCCAGGAUUGGCAAAAGAAGACACGGAGGAGAUCGAGAACCCUUAUCUCAAUAAAGAAGAGAAACCAUGGGAUAGCAGCAUAGGCAGGAGAUCAUCCUUUUGGGAAAGUCAGCAGUGCAAGACCGAGGAAGACUCUGGACCUCCUUUCCCUGGAAAAUUUCACCAAAGCCUGGGAGAUGUCAAGGCUGGCGUCAUUGCCCCCAGAACGAUUGUAAAUCAUCCGUCCAACUUGAUUAGAACCAAUGUUCUCUCAGGGAUGGCUCUUUUGUCCAACUUCAUAGACAGAAAGGUUGUGGAAGACAAGCCGUAUUCUCGCUUGGACAACAGCUUCCUUUAUAGCAAGUUCAUCUCCCCAGAAAAGGCUGAAUCCAAGAGCCUAGCGAAAAAGAAGGACAUGAGCCCAGUUAUCCAGAAAAACAGCAGCCAGGCGGCCCCAAGUGCCCAUCAGCAAGACACAGCUCACAAGGGAUUACCACUAAGUGCACUCCAUGCUGGGCACAACUUCAGAGCUCCGGACACAGGUGUUGGUUCCAAGCAGGUUAUCCUUCUGUCCAAGGAAGCAGAAUCCUUGAUGCAGUCAGAAAUUCAGAUGAUGAGAAACCGGAAGCAUCGCAGCGAGAUUGGUUGGAAAAAUCGCGAGUCUGAUGAGCACCAAGAAAAUCCAGCCGAAAAAAAUGCUGCCGGGAAGUCUUUGGACCAGAACCAUCCUGGAGAAUCCCUCUCUUUAAAAUCCAGUUUCCGUUACCUUUUGACCGACUUCACCAUCACUGCCCUUGCUUCCCUGGAGGACACAAAAGGAAAAG